AUGGCAGGGACGAUAACCAUAACGAUAUCCCGGUCGAUACGGAACCUCUUCCUCCUGAUAUUCGCGACCGUCCUUCUCAUAACAUUCUAUCGAUCAGCAACAUCCACCUCUGCUUCAUUAUCCACGUCAUAUCUUUUACCCUCAUCAUGGCAGAAUCCAUCAACAGCAUCUGGAGGGGUAAUACCAGAAGAGAUAGCGAAUCUGAUACCUGCCGAGAGGGAGUUGGCAUUGAAACAGUAUGAAUAUGCCAAUAAUAUGCAGCCGUAUUUCCCACCGAACCCUCAUUGGGGAGGUGGUAGGGAGGAUUAUAAAUUUCACUCGGAUGUGGAAUUGAGGAAAUUGGCUGUUUGUACUGCUACCAACACCUGUAGGGAAAAUCAGACGAACGUGAUCAUCUUGGGAUACAUACACGCACAUUUCCAUAUAUAUGAAGGAUACAUGGGCGGUGAAGGUAUAUGGACACAUUCAUUAGUGGAUACUCUCGAGAAGUGGGGAUACACGCUACUACACGCUAGAGAUGAUUGGCCCUACAUGCACUAUCUCUACAAUCAGAUACCUGACAUGGUCAAGGCUAUUAUCGCUUGGAGGACUGGUCAGUACGGGACUUUCGACGAUCAGGUGAAAACCCAUGGGCGAGGGAAUGGUAUACCCGCCUGGAAGUUCUUUGUCUACAACUACUUCCCAGAUCACUACACCUCAACCGUAGGUGACGCCUGGAACGUGCACUCGGAAUUUGGUUAUUCGAAGAAACCUCGAAAUUUCACAUUUAUUCCAUACGUGGUAGAGCCUGCUACAACGCCACCAUACACUCCAGCUAUUACACGUCCGUACCAAGUAUACAUCCUAGCCAAGUACGUGAGGUACUUCUACCCGGGUGCUCAACCAGCAUGGGAAGAUCGGGGAAUCUUCCUAAGAGCGAAGAACAUUUUGGAAAAAGAAUUCCCAGGUUUCGAAUUCGUCGUCGGAUGUAAAGAUGAUCGAAAUGCCGCUCAACAAAAGGAGAUUCCCAUGGAGGUUCCGGCAGGAGUAAGAAAUCUAGGUCAGAUGGAUAGAUUGGAAUUCGAGAGACAGUUGGCAAAUUCAAGAGCUAUGUUGGGUAUCGGUUGGCCGACUAUUUCGCCUAGUCCUCAUGUUGCUUUGAGUCUGGGCAUACCAUUUAUCAAUCCUUACUCGAUGAAUCCCGGGAGUAAGAAGGACGAUCCUGAAUCAUGGGCUCAAAGUCAACAUCACACUUUGAAAGUGUUACCUCCGCCACAUAUAUAUAAUGUCUUGCGUAAUAACGAAACUGAAUUCGUCGAUGCCAUUCGACAAGCCCUUCUGCAUCCCAUCGAACCAUUCAUUCUACCGAUAAUGACCAGAGAAUAUCACGAGAAACAAAUUUCCGAAUGGUUACAUACCGAUUGGAGGUCAAAGGCAGAAGCGAUUUUAGAAGAUAGGAAAAAAGGUAUAGAAACUCAGAAUGGCAAAGAGGUGAAAUUAUUCGAACUUUAG